AUGAAUGACGAAUUCACGAUAGAAGAACAAAUUUGCCAACUCCCUUACGAUAGACGAUGGGAAUUUCCGAGGAACCGCUUAAAACUCGGGAAGCAGAUUGGCGCUGGGUGUUUUGGACGAGUCCUCAAAUCUGAAGCUGUUGGAGUGAAAAAUCCUAACGACCAUUCCGUUGAUAACACUUGUGUAAACGUUAAAACUGUGGCGGUAAAAAUGGUCAAGUCCGAAACCGACAUCGCUGCUUUAGAAGCACUCGUCAGUGAAAUGAAAAUUCUCAUUUACAUCGGGUCGCAUCUUAACGUGGUGAAUUUACUGGGAACUUGCACCAAAAGAAUCCAUCGAGGAGAAUUGUUGGUCAUUGUUGAAUACUGUCGAUUCUGUAACCUACAAAGCUACUUGAUUCGUCACCGAAAUCAUUUCAUCAAUCAACUAGACGAGUUUGGUAACUUGAAGACACAAAACGACACGGAAGACAUGUCAGACACGCACUUUGACACACAAUCGCAAACUGGAUCAACAGUUCAAAAUUCGACAGGAUGUGAUUCAAAUGAGACAAUUGAAAUGUCCAAUCUCGAUAUUUCAUUUAAUAAAUCGAUUGUUGAUUCUGAAGAACCUAAACCGCUCUGGCAAUGCCAACAAGACGUAUUGGAUAAUGCUGAUUCGAAUGAAUCAAUAUCUACCCGGGAUUUGAUCUCUUAUUGGGCUUUUCAAGUUGCCCAAGGGAUGGAGUACUUAGCUGAAAAAAAGGUUCUUCACGGUGAGUCGGUGACUUGGCCGCCCGUAAUGUUUUGUUAGCUGACAAUGGAGUGGCUAAAGUAGCGGAUUUCGGAAUGGCUCGUAAAAUGUAUUACGAUGGAAAUUACGAAAAAAAGGGAAAGGUAA